AUGUCUGAAGACAAAAUCGAAAAAAUCGAAACAAUGCUUGAAGAACUUGAUGUAGACUUCUUUGAAUUUAUACAACUAAAAAAAAGAAUUAAACUUUCUAAAGACAUUUUUGAUGAGAAGUCUAUACCUCCUUAUUCCUCAUUAUUAACGGUUUCUAAUUUAUAUGGUUAUUUUGUGGCGGGAACAUCCAAAGGCUUUAUUUACGCGCUUACAAAAGAUUUACGCAAUGCCUUUUAUUCUUCUGACGCAGAAUCGGAUAAGCCAUUUGAGCAAGGGAUUCACGUUAAUAUAACUGAAGGACGCGUUCAUUUAUUAAGGUUAACCUCGGAUCAACUCACUUUAAUUGUGGGUGUUGAAGGUGGUCAAAUAUUAUAUUAUGAUGUUACCAAAUUUUCAACUGAGUCCUCUAAAAUUCAACCAUAUCAAACUAUGAAAUUUUCGGACAAUGUCGUGGAUAUUCGACCUAAUCCUGGAGAAGAUAAUAAAAUUAUCGCAUUUUUGCUUGUAACUGGUACCGUGCAUAUCAAAGAUCUUAUAUCUGACGCUGAAAUUGGUUCCGUGAAAAAUUCUAAACUUGGCGAGCAAGUUACAGCUAUAUGUUGGUCACCAAAAGGAAAGCAAUUGACUUGUGGUAGUCAAUCUGGAAGGCUUGUACAAUUUACGCCUGAUGGAAUUGCUAAAUCAUCUUAUCAAGCACCACCAGGAAUUCAAGAAUCUACUUAUUAUGUCAGAAAUGUUCUCUGGCUAGAAAAUACCAUAUUUAUAGUAACUUAUUUUCCAAUCGUUCAGGAUGAUGACUCUGAACACAUAGUUUAUUUGAUAUCAAAUGAGAAUAAAUUAAAGACAGUUUAUAAUCAGAUUCCAAAUAUUUGUUAUCCAAGUCCUCGUAAUAAGGGUUCAUAUAUGUUUAUGGAAUCUAUUAAGGAUUGGGACUCGGAUUUGAAAAGCAUGGUCAUUUGUGCUAGUACAAAUUCUUCUGAUACAAAUUUAAUUGCUCGUAGCGAUUCAGACGCAUGGUCUAAUUGGAAUCUUUCAGAAACAGCUCGUGCGAUUCUUCCACUUUCAUCACUUCAUGAAGAUGAAACACUACCAAUCGGAAUGGCGCUUGAUCUAACUUCGACAGAAUCUUGGGUUAUAAAAUUAACAGGAGAUGAAGAUAGUCAAAUACCACCAGUCCCUAUACUUUUAAUCUUUAAUGACGAAAGUGAAAUACUAGCAUUUCGUUGUUUACAAAAAAAUGCAUAUUUAGCUGGAAAAAGUUAUCCCGGAAUGACAAUCCCAAUACCCAUUCCUUCUAUUGGACCUUCAAGUGGAAAAAUAUUACUUAAACCGAGCCAUGAACCCGCUAUUUAUGAAAGCAAACCUGGUCCGAGCAAUAAAAUAUCUGUCCCUGUUAGUACAUCUACUACUGCAAAUAUAUCGAGAGAUAAAAUUUCGGUCGGUCUUGCUAAUAAUUUUCAAGCAGCAAGGAAUAAUGCAACAAAUACAAUUGUCAAAGCUAAUGCUCAAAAUGCGACAUCGAUCAAGCAAACAAGUGCUAUUAGACCUGAUCUUAAUAAAGAAAGAUCCCCACAUAUAAUACGACUUGAUGCAACAAAGAAAAGUGUACUUGAAAUUCAAUAUUUAAUAAAAGAUAUUGAGGAAAAUUACUUAAUUAAAUAUCAAGAACAGACAAGUGCAGAUAGUCUUGAAAAUCCUAAUGAUUGGUCAAUUGGAGAUUUACCAGUAAUUAUAUCAGAGACGAAACGUUUGGAAGGAGAAACUAAAAAUAUCAUCGAUUCUCUUAGUUUUUUGAAACUGGAGACUACCAAUUUAAAACUUAAUUUUGUAAAAGAGGAUGCCAUGACAAAGCAGGAGAUUGGGUUGUUAGUAUCGCCGCAAAAAGUUACGCCAACUCAUCGUGGAACAAUACAGUCAAGAAUUACUGAGAAGUACGAAAAAGCUUUUCAGGACGUUAAAAAUAACGCGGAUGAAUUAGAGAAACAGUUGGACGAGUUACAUGAGCAAAUUAAAGAUCAUAAGGCAAAUAAAUAUACAGGAUCAACUCCUUUGGAUUAUAUAGAUCGUUCAGUUCAAAAUAUUAGCAAAGGAUUAUAUAGUAACGCGUCUCAGAUCGAACAAUUAAAUAAUCAAUUGAAUUUGAUUUCCGAACAACUUGCAUCUAUUAGCUUUAAUGAAGAUGCUGACAUUUUCGUAUCUCAGAAAAUCGAACAUGACACUAGGAAAAACACAAUACCUGUAAAAUGCUCGGAUGAAAAUGAAAAAAAAACUACCAAAUUAAUGAAUAAAGAAUGGAAAUUAUCUAGAUUUCUAAAAGUAAACGACAAGAGACAAGUGCCAUACGUGACAAACCUUUAUAGUGAUCUUGAACCUAAUGAACCAAUGCCUAAGGUUAUCUCCCCAAGAAAGAGUCAAAGUCCAUUUAAGACUCGUGAUUCAAUACAGAUAAGCUCAGAGAAGCUUAAGGAACCACUUAAACCGAUCGAUAGAAACACCAUGAGAUAUAGUAGUUCACUUAGAAAUAAUCUUACUUUCGGUGAAGAAAGUGAUUAUUAUAAUGAAUUAGACACUCCGAUAAAAAGGAAUACAUAUUCCGAGUUUAAUCUUCCUAUAAAUGAAGAUAAUAAUGAUCUUUCUCCAAGAAAUAAACCACCAAUUUCGGAAAUUAGAGAAAUGAGAUUACGUUAUUUUGAAAAAGAAAACGAUAUUACAGAGAAUGUAGAGAAUGUGUAUUCGGAUAACACUUCAGAAUCCGAAGAUGAUGAAAAUUAUCAGGCAGAAGAUAGAUCCAAUUUGUAUUUAAGUGAUUUAGAUUCCGAAAAUUCGUAUUCUCCAACACAUACAUCUUUAAGAGAAACAAGAGUGAGGUUUCAAGAGCCUUAUGAAACAAGGAUCUAUGAUGUCGCUGAUGAAAACACUGAAGAUUCCAUACAGAAAAGGUUUGAAAACAUUGUCGGUUCCGACGUUUCAAGAUUAUCUAAAAUCUCCAAUAGUCCAACUUAUAUAUCAUCACCGGAGACAGAUGAACCAAAAGACAUAACAUCAAGUAAUAAGGAUGGUUUAGAAGAUCUUGAAUCUAAAUUUGACGCUUUAACAAAAUCAUCUGAACUUCUUCAAUAUUAUGAUGGCGAGGAAUCAAAUUUCGAUGAAGCAAUUGAAAAACUAGCUGAACUUGAAAAGAAGGAAGAGUUCAUAGAACCAUUCAAAGUUGAUAGUACAUCAUUGGAAGAGAUAUCUCAGGUAGCUCCUGAGCCUGGUGUUGAAUCCAAGCCCGAAGAGGUCUUGCAGCAGAAACCUACUAGCAGAGAAAAUGAUGUUAUAAAUGAAAGUAACAAUUUAACAAAUAUGGCUACAGGUUUCGGAUCAAUUGGUUUGGGAGAGCCUUUAAGCUUACCUAGUCCAACUAGUUCACUAACGUUUGGGUUAAGUACAUCUAAUGCACAGCAAAAGGACCUUGGCUCAACACCUUUUGGCUCAACAAUAUCUUCCUCUUUAAACUUUGGAACAGCAGCACCUGUUCCUUCGGUAUAUAGGGGAGAAAUACCAAAUGCAUUUAAUAUCGGUAGCAUUCCACCAGCACUUUCUGCAACACCUUCAAAUGUUGUUAAUGCAUUUAGUCAACCACAACCACCUUUAUCGUUUGGUCAAUCGCCUCAAUUACCUAAUGCUUUUGCACAACCUGCAUUUGGACAAUCAGGAUUUCAAUCGCCUGCUUUCGGACAACCAUCAUUUGGUGUACCGGGGUUUGGAACACCAUCUCAUUUUCCGAAACCGGCUGCACUUAAUGCUCCAAGUGGUGGUGGUUUCGCUCGUUACUCAAGUAAUAAUAAUAAUACUCCUGGUUUCGGAGGGAGUGUUGGCGGCUUUGGAAGUACACCGGUUACUCCAGCACCUACUACUAAACCGCCUAGCACCACAUCAAGUCCACUAUGGAGUUCAUUUCGUGAAGUUCAUGUUACCUAUCGAGAUGUAAGGAUUAUUGCUCAAGGAAAAUCUCCAAGGAAUAAAGAACUUGAUGGAUUGUCUGUGACCGGUAUAUGGCGUAAUGGGCAUUCUUCUACUAUCAAGCACAUAAUGACAAGCAUAAAACUAGUUUUUACUUCGACUGCAAGAAAGAACAUAACUGUUCCCCAUACAGAAACAGUAGACUCAACAGUCACAAUCUACUUAGUAUUACCUG